AUGAAAGUGUUAAUUGGUUAUCGAUGUCCAACUAUUUCAACUGAUAGUUCAAAUAAGAUAAAAUAUUUACCAAAUUUAAGUUAUGAUCCAGUUGGCUUACAGAUUGAAAUAGUCAUGUAUAAACCAGGCACAAUUAUUGUUGGUUCCAAUAUUGUUAGUGCAGAAACACUUCAAAAAUGGCGAAAUACAAUGAAGCAAAUGGCUAACAUUUUAAAUAUCAGUCAUUAUCGAACACCAAGUGUCAAUGCACCAUUUGUUGCACAAUACAUCAUUGAAAAGUUAAAUUUUAGUAAUGAUAAGAGAGAAAAUAUAUUAUCGCCUGUUAUUGGAUGUGGUGCAAUCGGAAAGCAUGUUAUUCAACGAUUAAUUCAUGAAGGGCACACGGUUAUUGUUUAUGGUCCAUCGUUAGCCAAUUGUUCGUCUCGAGCCAGAAAAUGUUGCUAG